AUGGUGCGAGGUGGCUCGAGCCACAAAUGCAGCGAGGAUUUUUGCCUUUUUGCAGCAGCUGCUACGCAACGACGCCAUCUUUUUUUGCACAACGGCGGCUUUCAUGAGGCGAUUGCGCCAGUGCUCGUUAUAGCCCAAUGCUUCAGUUUGAUGCCCGUAUGCGGCAUUUAUGCUGCAACUGCGCAGGGAUUGCGCUUCAGCUGGCGUAGCUGGCGCACCUGGUACAGUGUGCUCUGCAUUUGCAGCCUCAGCGUGGACACGAUCUUCACAAUUAAUAUGACGGCACACAGUCUGCUCGAUGUGCGUAAUGUGGAACCCAUAAUAUUCCAUGUGUGCAAUCUGCUGGGCUUUUGUGUCUUCCUUCAACUGGCGAGAAAGUGGCCAUCGUUAAUGCGUCAUUGGGCUGCCGUGGAGAAACAGUUGCCGCCCCAUCAGAACUGGAAACAACGCGAGCACCUCGCCCGACGUAUUCACCAAGUCGCUAUGCUGCUGCUGUCCCUUUCCUUGGUGGAGCAUCUGCUUAGCAUCAUUGCCUUUGUGUAUCAUGAUUUGUGUCCGUCUCGCAGGGAUCCCAUCGAAUCGUAUUUGUUUGCCACUGGACCGCAGCUUUUCCAUUUGUUUGCCUACUCCAAUUGGUUGGGUUGGCUGGGCAAGCUGCAGAAUGUGCUGCUCACGUUCAGCUGGAGCUAUAUGGAUAUAUUCCUCAUGCUGCUGGGCAUUGGUCUAAAUGAUUUGCUCACUCGACUCACGUGCCAUCUGCAGCAUGCUGUACAACAGCCCAUGCCUGAGGAAUUUUGGACGCACACACGCAAACGUUAUCGCGCCAUUGUGGAGCUCAUCUAUGAGGUGGACGAUGCCGUCUCGGUCCUCAUCAUAGUCUCCUUUGGCAGCAAUUUGUAUUUUGUCUGCCUGCAGCUGCUCAAGAGCAUAAACACGAUGCCAUCGACAGUGCACGCGUUUUACUUUUACUUCUCGCUAUCGUUUCUGAUAGGCCGAUCCACAGCCGUGCUGCUCUUUGUGUCCUCGGUGAAUGAUGCGGCACGCGAUCCGCUGUUGCAACUUCUGCGCCAAGUGCCACACGCCGGCUACAGCGAUGAAGUGUCGCGGUUGGCCAGCGAAUUGUCAGCGGACAAUGUGUCGCUGAGUGGCCUCAAAUUCUUCAGCAUUACCAGGAAGCUAUUUCUGACGGUCGCGGGCAGCAUUGUUACCUAUGAGCUGGUGCUCAUACAGUUUCACGAGGAUAAGAAAUCAUGGGACUGCCACACGCAGCAGUUGCUUAACUGAAAAUUUAAAAUGAAAAUAUUUGGAGGAAAAUGGUAAUCCCAAAAAACAAAAACGAAAAAUGAAAUUGAAACCCAAAGAGACAAACACACAAACACACAAAGCACUUAAUCAAGAAAUGUUACACUGCACAACACACAAAACACAUUUUGUCCAGUUGUCGCUGGUGGGGAGUGAACCAGUUUUCUUGAGUGAUGCAAUGCGGCCUUAAAUGGUGCAGCAGCAGCCGCAGCAGCAGCAGCAGUUGAAGCAGCAGCCAUCGAUG